UUUCACUUCCCUUCGUAGCUUUCAGAAAAACCGGGUAGUUUCGGGCAUGUAUUACUUGCAUUAAUCGUGUUUAUUGUUGUGAAUGUUUUUCAUAAAGUAAAACUAGGCUGAAAUGAUUCCUCUUUAAUAAUUCUAACACCUGAACGUAUUUGUUGGUGCGUGAAAAAUGGAGGUUUCGUGUGUUUUUGCGUCCGUAAUUUCGCAAGAAGAAUGGACAAAAGUGCCUCGUGCAACAGCAAAAAAGCUCGAAACUUUCGUCAGUGAAAAGUUUGAGGAGUUGAUUUCGUGUAAAGCACUUCUGGAGACCAAUCGUUACAAUGCUGAGCAAGCUUCAGCCGAGUCCCAGGCGCAAUUGGAGACCCUCAAGAAGGAGAAUGAGGAGUUGAAACGGCGUCUUGAGGUCGCCACAGCCACCAUAUCAGAGCUGGAAUCCCAAAUAUCGCAAUUAACUAAUGACGCAACCAAGUUGCAAAGCACCGCAAAUCGCCUCGAAGCUGAAGCUGCAGAGUUUCGCCACCAGCGCAACAUGGCAAUUGACGAACGCGAUGAACACUUGAAAAUGUUGCAAAGGCGAGACUCGGAAAUCGAGCGUUUGCAAGCGGAUUUGUCGACUUUGACCAAACAACUCGAGGGGGCUGUUAAUGCGAAAUGCGAGGCUCUGGCCCAGGCUGAUGAAGUGGCUUCAAUGAAGUUGCGACUCGAAUAUCGGGAAAAGAGAAUGGAACAAGAAAGACAGCUUUUGAAUAGUCAGAUUGAAAGCUUGACUGAGGACUUGAAUGCUCGAACUGAGGAAUUACUUAACAUGAGACGUGAUAAUACAUCGCGAUGUAUCCAAUUAGAGACUAAAUUGACUGAAAAAACUCAAGAAUUGGUGGUUGCCAAUGAACAGAUUAAAUCACUCACUGAACUGAAUAAUAAUUUUGCUACCAGAAAUGAAGAGUUAUCACAGAAAUUGUUGAAUCAUAGAGAAGCCGAUGCUAAAAUGAAUGAAUCUUACUUGCAUGAGAUUGAAGCUAAGACGAAAUUGGCCAAUGCCUAUAAAUCCAUGUUUGAUGAGAGCCAACAGCAUGCAGAGAGUCUCAAAGAAGCCCUGGCUGAGGUCCAACAACUCUUGAAGCACGCGACUGACCAAUACGGCGAACUGGAAACAAAACACAAAGAAUCGGAAUUAACUCACGAAGAAAUCUUGGCGAAGAAGAACGAAUGUAUUGCAUUAUUGAAGAAAGAAUUGGAGGUUUCGAAAGAACUUCUCGACAAUUGCAAACAAGACCAAAUCCAAAAAGAAAUCGAAGGUUUAUCACCGACUGCAGCUUCAGCAUCACGUCUAUUAAAAUCCGGAAUGACGGUAACAGAAAUUUACGCUCAAUAUGUAACAAUUUCGGAACGAUUAGUCGACAUGGAGAAAGAAAAUGCCCAAUUGAAAAAUUACAUCAGUAGUAUUGUACACGAAGUCGAAGAAAAAGGACCACUAAUAAAAAAAUUACGCGAGGAUUAUAGCAAUGCUUUGGACGCAAAUGAAAUAUUGAAAAAUUCGAAUGAUCAACUUUUGAGUGAAAUCCAACAAUUGCGUGAAGCUAACGUUCAAUGUACGAGAAUUGAGGAGGCAGUUUCACGUGAGAAUGCAAGAUAUAAAAAAGAAGUGGCUGAUUUAAGUCGUCAAGUUUGUCAUUUAUUGCAAGAAAUUGAAAAUUCACGAGUGGGUUCUUCAUCAACUUCAACUGAUAUGGAUUUAAGUGAUAGUGUUAGUUCAGCUGAUAUAAUUACGAAAAAAUUAGUCACUUUUAAUGAUAUUUCCGAAUUGCAAAAGAACAAUCAAAAAUUACUCGCAAUUGUUCGUGAAUUAACCGAACGUCAAGAAGAAGCCGAAUCGUUUGAUCCAGCCGCCAUUUCAGACUUAAAAAUGAAACUUGAUCAUUUGAGGGAAUCCCAAAAUGAACUACUUGAAGAACGUGAACGACUUAAUAAAAUGAUGAUUACAGUAGGAAAUCAAAGAGAUAUGUAUAAGAAUUUGUACACACAAGCUGUUAAAGCUGCAGGUGAAGAAGUUCCUCAAUUAGAAACUUCAUUUAAUAACGUCGAACAUGAGAAAAGUCACGAUAACGAAUCUCAAUCUGAUGAUAAAACACAAGAAUUACUCACACAAAUUGAGAGUUUCAGGAAAAAAAUCGAACAUCUCAAAAAUGAAAACGAUUUAUAUCGGAAGGAGAAAUCAGAAAACGAGAAAAUUUUGUUAGACCAAUUGGAAAAUAUGAGAGCGGAAGUUAAAGAUUUGGUUAAAGCAAACUGUAAAUUAUCAUCACAAUUAGAAAACAAUGAAGAGAAAUUUAAAGUAUCCCAAAACAAUAUGGAGAUUUACAAAAAACAAAUUACAGCAUUAGAAAAACAAAAUAAAAUUUACAGUGAAACAAUAAUCAAGCAUGAGCAAGCUAUUACCUACCUUAAAGACGAAACAAUGCAAGCACAAACAAAACUCUCAAGAGCUGAAGUAAUGUUAGCGAAUUUACAAAAAGAAAAUGCAUUGUUAAAAGACGCCGAAAUGCGUUUACUCAAAGAACGUGAAAGUAUAAAACGCGAAUCACACACCCAAAAUAUGAUACAAACCAAUAUUGAAUUAAUUAAAGCAACUUUAGAACGUACUGAUGCUGAAGGUAAAUUAAGACUUGAAGCAAGAUUGGAUGAAGCACAUCGUGAAUGUGCUGCAUUAAGACGAAGACUACAAGAAGAACAAGAUCGAUUUAGGCAACUCUCUGAACAUUUAGAAAAUCAAACACAACUUGCCAAACAACGUAUGAGUGAAGAACAAGUAGAAGCGGAAAAAUUACGAAAAGAAUUAGCAAUAAACCGAGAAGAGUUGAUUCAAAAAGGUAAUCAAAUUGAGGAUUUGACGAAGAAACUUAAAACUUCGGCUUAUGCCCUACCUGAGUCUAAUAAUAGUCAAAUUUGUGAAUUGGAACAACAAUUAAAUGAUGCAAAAGCCGAAAUCGAAGCUUUAAAAUCGAAAUUGAAGAAUACAAAAGAAGCAUCAGAACAGUAUUUCAAUGUUGCUAGCAAUGCAGAAAAUCAAAUGAAGAUUCUUCUGGAACGACAAAAGGAAUUAGAGGAGAAAAUUGAAAAUCAGAAAGGGACCAUCAAACAAUUACAGGAGAAAUGUGCAGAGUUAGAAGGCGAAUUAUCUUUACAAAUGGAUGAUCAAGAUAUGGCAAAUGCAAGUACUCGUAGUAAAUCAACACAGUUGGAAGAAGAAUUAAAUGUUAAAAAUAUGGACUUGCAAACAGCACGUGAACAGUUAGAAAACAUCCGAAAUGAGAAUAAAUCACUCAUUGAAAAUCUCAAAGCUGUUGAAAAUAAGUUUGCAAGACAAGUAAUGUUACAUUCAACCGAUUUACAAAUUCUCACUGAUAUUAAAGCCGAAUAUGAGAAAACCACAAGUGAAUUAAUUGAAAUGAGACGUAGUCGUGAUUGUGCAUUGGAAGAAUUAAACGAGAAUAAAACUUCAUGGGAAACGAGAGAAAAAAUCAUUCAGAAAGAACGUGAAGAAUUGGAACAACGUUUCAAAGAUAUGGAUGCCCAAAAUAGUUUAUUAUUAGACCAAAUUCAAGCUCUCAAUACACAAUUAUCUUUAUUCCAAGCACAAGCGACUGAAUCAUCUUCAGUUUCCGAUUUAUCCAUGAAUAAAUCAUUCACUGAAGACGAAGUCAAGUCUUCCGAACAAUUAUUAACAAUAAUUAAGUAUUUGCGUCAAGAAAAAGAUAUUGCUGUUAGUAAAGCUGAAAUAAUGGAAGCUGAAUAUGAACGAUUAAAAUCCCAACAUGAAAUGUUAACUAAACAAUUAGAAGAAGCUAAAGCUGCAGUUGAAGCUGAACGUCAAAAAUCAGAAGUUUCUGUUGUAACAGCAGCCAAACAUGCGGAGGUUUUACGAAAAGUUGAAACACUAAAUGCCAUUACUGAUAGUAAUCGAGCAUUGCGUCAAGAACGUGAUAGUUUAAAGAGUCAAAUUGAUGAAUUGAAACAACGUGCUGAAACUUUAGCAUCUGAAUUAGCACCAACACAAGAGAAAAAUAGAGAAUUGAGUAUUAAAGCAGAAGCAAUGCAAACUGAAAAUAUUUCAUUAAGAGCUGAAUGUACGAAAUGGCGACAGAGGGCGCAAAUGUUGAUUGAAAAAUCGAAUAGGACUAGUCCAGAAGAUUGGAAGAAAUUAUUAAAUGAACGUGAAACUCUUGCCAAACAAUUGACAAUCGAGCGAGGAAAUGUUGCAAAAAUCACUGAUGAGUUGAAUACAUUGAAACAAGAUAAGAGUAAACUUGAGGAGCAAUUGAAAAAUGUAAGAUCACAAAAUAACACUCAAGCUGAAGAAAUUGCCAAGUUGAAGGAAGAAAUGACUUCGUUGCAAAAUCAAGUACAACAAUUGACACAAUCAUUAGAACAGUCACAAGAAAAUAAUAAACGAUUAUUGGAGGAAAAUCGUUUAUUGACUGAACAUACAGCCGGUAAAGAUGUCAAUAUUACCGAACUGAAAAAUAAUCUCACUCAAAUACGUAAAAUUGCUAAAAAAUACAAGAUUCAAUGUGAGGAUCAAAUCAACGAAAUUAAAACUUUACGUGAAGAGAAAGAACAUAAAGAAACAGAACAAAAUACAAACGAAAGACAGUUACAAGAACAGCGAAGUGAAAUGGAAGAAAGAAUAACACAAAUUGAGCAAAGUAAUAAAGAAGUCAUUGAUCGAUUAAAUCAACAAAUAGCAACACUAACAGAAGAAAACGAAAAUUAUAAGAAAGUAAUCGAAAAUCAUAAACAGGGUUUUCUAGAUAGAGAAGAGCGAUUUAAAAAUUUGUUCAAAAAUGCCAAAGAACGAAUUGUUACUUUAACUGAACAAAUGAAUACGUUGAAAGGUCAAUUAGGUAAUCAGGAAAGUUCAUCGACUAAUGAAAAUGCUGAAGAAGGCACUUCUAGUAGUAGUAAUAAUGAUCUUUUGACCAAAAUUGACAAUUUAGAAAAAGAAAAAGCUAAUAUUUUAGCUGAUAGAAGGCAAGAGAAUGAAAAAUAUGCUUCCGAAAUUGAAACAUUAAUGCAAAAAGUUUCGCAAUUACAAAGACAACUUGGUCAGCAAGGUUCCAAACCUAGCACAAGUUCAGGUUCAGAAAAACCAGCCAAUGAACCACCCACUGCCAAUAUUAAACCAAUGGCGGGUCACUCGACAAAUACUCAAACUCAGUCGGUACCGAUCCAUCCAUGGCGCAGUGGUGAGACACCUUUGGCAAGUAUAAGACCAAUGUCACAGCAAGUAAGAACGGUCACUGUUUUACCGACAAGUCAGAGUCCAAGUGCUGUUAUGGUUCCUCCACAACAACAAGUGCACACUACAGGAUCAAGUACAAUUGAAGCACUUUCUAGUAGUAGUCCUACAAGUUCGCAUACUGAUUAUGUUCCAUCGACUAGUUCAGCAAGUGCUGCAAUGUUAGGACCAAGACAGGUUGUUGUUCCUCCAACUCAGUCGUCUCAGGAUACUGAAGAUGAAGAUGCCAAUAUGCAGUUGCAGUCUGCGCCUCAACAACAAGCCGUUGCUUUAGUUCUUCCGCGGGUAGAACCCCCAAGUAGUGGACCAACCCAAGAACAAGGAACCAGUAGUAGUAGUAGUUCGAAUACAGUUACAACAACACAAGCUGGUCUAAAACGUCAACGAGAUCCAGAUACUGAUACAAGUGAAGAACAGUCAAAAACUCAACAACAAAGUAAAAGAACUAGAGUUCAACAAGCAGGAACAGUAAGCGACAGUGGUUUAGAAGUAGAAUAUCAAGUUCCAACAAGUAGUCAACGUGAUCAUGACGAUGAUAAUGUAAUUGUUGUUGAAAGUGAUGAAGAAGGUGGUGCUGAUGAAGGUGAAGGUGCUGAUGAUGAACCUGAUGAUCCUGAUACUGAAGGUUAUGAUUUAGAAGUGAUGGAACAAGAUAACUAUGAAGAUGCCGAUUGUCAAGAUGUUGAAGAUGAAGAAGGUGGAAAUGAAGUUGAAGUAAUUGAAGAUUCGAGUGAAGUACCCAAUCAAAGUGAACGAUCUUUACAGGAGGAACCUUCACAGGAAGAAAAUGUUGAGCAAGCCCAACCGGAAGCUACAAGUAGUGGCACUGAUGGGGGCCCCGGUGGUGUAACCUUAUCCCAAGCCUCGACGUCAGUCUCCAUGACAAUGCCCUCUUUUUCACGAACUAGACCUAUAGCCCCUCUCCUAUCCAGACAACAGUUGUUGUCACAUGGGCUGGAAGAGGGCGGUGAUGAUGGUAUUGUUCCAUCAACGCCUACUUUAUUUGUACCGAGAAGAUCUGACGGUUUUGGUGAGGCCGUUAGUUCUCCUCAUGUGCCCACAAGUGGGAGGUUUACUUUUAAUGAAUCUGUUCCGCCAAUUACUGCCGGUUCUAGUGAGGUCGUUCCUGAACAGACGCUAGAAGUCACAAAUAUGGAUGAGAAUAGUACGGGGAGAAGUGUUCCGAGUACGCCCCUGCAAGCUUCACCACAAGAAGCCGUUCCUGGAAGUGAGGAACAAGGGUCCAGUCAAACAACGCAGUCGGAUGCUGAAAUUCCAUCAAUUACGGUUAGCGGUGUCGAGGAGGAUGAACCUGCAGCUGAAGGCAGUUCGGAAGAAUGUAUGGGCCCCCCGAGCAUAGCAGGCACGUCUGCUGAAGGCACCCAGGAAUCAAACCACCCAGAAGAGUCCGAAGGCUACGAUGGUGUCACCUCCGAAGGUGAAAAACAACCUAGUACUGAAGAAGGAGAAGAAGAAGGGAGAGAAGCUGAAGCUUCUCCAAGUACAAAUACCCGAUCAAGGACAACACGUGCUGGAGGACCAACAGCACGACGAUCUGGAAGACAAUUAGCUUCUCGAGGUGUGUCCAGGUCUGGACCAACCCCGAUUGUGUGGGGAGAACACAGACAUAGCCCUCAACAACAACAACAACAACAACGACAUCCAGAUGGACCAAGAGGAAGACCUAAUUUACAGUCAAAUUAUUCUCCUAGAGCUUCAAGACGUCCUAGAGGGCGUGCCCAGCGUCCAUAUGGCAGAUUUUAAGUUAAUGUAAUUAUACUUAACACUACCAUUCCAAGUAAUACACGCGUUCAAAAUUUACACAUAGAGUGUAGAUAUUUUGUUUAAGUGUUUUUUUAUAUUUAGUUCGGUGUAAAAAGUGAAUUAGGUAGGUCUUAAAUGUAAAUUCGUAUACUGAGAACUUCUUGACUGACUGGAGAAUUUUUUUAUUCAGUUUUAACAUUUCAUUUUCAAGGAGUGUUAGUUUAAGUAUUGUGUUAUUUUGUUUACAUUUACUUUAGAUACAAUCGUUUCAACAUGAAAUAAAAAGAUG